UUUGCUACCUGAGAAAAGGCACCUUAUAAAGAACAAACUUUUUCCACAAGCUAUAUCUUAUUUGGAGAAGACAUUUCAAGUGCGCAAAUCCACGGGUACUAUAUUACUAAGCAGGCAGUGUGUGACAAACCAAUAUCUAAGGAGGAAAGCUGACCCUCACAGAUACUGCCGAGGAGCCUGUGCAGACCAUACAAGGUGUGGGCCGGUUAUAGUUCCUGAGAAACACCUCCAGCAAUGCAGGAUGUGCAGUGAGAAUGAAUGGCACUGCAGACCCACCGGCUUACCUGACCAAGAAGGGGUUCGAGAUGCUGACUUCGUACUUUACGUUAGUGCUCUCACUACUGAAAGGUGUGGCCAUGAAAAUAUCAUUGCAUAUGCAGCCUACUGCCAGCUGGAAGCUGAGUCUUCCAGGCCAAUAGCAGGAUAUGCCAACUUGUGUCCAAAUAUGAUUUCAACGCAAGCUCAGGAAUUUGUUGGCAUGUUGUCUACAGUGAAACAUGAGAUUAUCCAUGCACUGGGUUUCUCUGCUGGACUGUUUGCAUUUUAUCGUGACGAUGAUGGAAAACCUUUGACAACAAGAUAUGCAGAUGGACUUCCUCCUUUUAAUGAAAGUCUAGGUUUGUAUCAGUGGAGCAAUAAAGUCGUUCACAAAGCAGUGAGGUUAUGGGACAUACGUGGUGGCAAAAUGCUGCGCCAUGCUGUCUAUCUUCUGAUAACACCUCGGGUAGUU